GGAAGUAAUGAAAGCUCCCCAGGGAUGACACUUCUAAUGAAUAUCCUAUUUGAAUAUGUCAAUGAUGAUGACGAAACAUUACAGGGAAUGUCUUUUUUUGACAAUGCAAAUGAACUAGAGAGAGGAGGAAUCCCAAGUAGAAUACCUCGAAAAGUUACAUUUAAUACCAGUAAUGAUAGGAGGUCUCCAUUCCCUAUUAGGGUAGAAAAUAUUCAACAAUUAGUAGCCUCAACAUUAUCCAGUAAUCAAUCGUCAAGGCCAUCAAAUUUAAGGGUGACAACUCCAUCAGUAGGAAAUACAAAUAGUGGAUUAUCAUUGGGAAAUCCCUACAAUUUUUUCCAAGCAACUCAAUAUAGUCGUAUAUUUGACCCCUUGGUACCACUUGAUCCUCUCCAAAAUAGUAAUCCAUCUACAACUUCCAGUUUCACAACCGCAAAUUGUAACAGAGGAAAUAAUACAAUGAGACAUCGAAAUGUAACUACCAAAGGAACCCCACAGUCAACAACAUCAGUACCUAGCAGUCAACCGUCAAAUAAUAUAAACACCUCUCAGCCAAUACUUACACCUCAACUAGCUAUAAUACCAGUAGGAGAAAAUAAUGACAAUGUUUACCUUCAAGUCAUACAAGGGCUAGCAGGAUAG